CAGCAAUUUUAGUUUUGGCGCGCAUUUCGUGUUUGUUUACGUUACCAGUUUGAGUGUUCAGUUUCCCGGUCAGUUGGAGAACCAUCCGAAUCCGGGAAAUUUCACUCUUGGCCAUGACGGGAACCAGUCAAGAUGUGUACUCCACAGCGAUGAGGACCAUCAAGUUCGGUUAUACGUGGACCAUGCACAAUUUCAGCCUUUGGGAGGCGAAUGUGGAGGGAGUCCAAUGUUCGCCAAAAUUUCCACCUGGACCAGAUGAGCCGUAUCAAUGGACUUUGAAGUAUGUUCCCAAAUCGCCGAAGCACGACACGUGCUGUUCCAUUUGUGUGCAGAUGGCUUCGCCGUUGGUAUCCGAACCUAAAGUGUUAGCACAUUGCGAAAUGAUUGCUGCAGAUUCCAAAGGGGUUACCAUAGUGCAACAGUCUUUAAAGGGACGCUUUGGUCAAGGUGCAUCAAGUUGGGGCUGGACGUGUUUUGCCGAGCGUAAAACAUUGCUUGAGAGGGUGAAGCCAGAUGAUCAACUGAACAUACGGUGUAAAAUAAUCGUGUAUGUAGAACUCGUCAAUGGAUCUCCUCCAGGAGCUGUCAAAGGAAACCAACCGUGUCAUUCGCAAGGCAGCUUGUCCACGGAUUUGCAGUCCCUAGUCGAUGACCAGAAGUUCGGCGAUGUCACUAUACAAAUCGGAAGCCGGCGAUUCCUGGCCUACAAAGGAAUCCUUUCUGCAAGAAGCCCAGUGUUUGCUUCGAUGUUCCAGCACCAAAUGCAGGAAAACAUUGGAAAUUCCGUUUCUAUCAGCGAUAUAAAACCUGAGGUUUUUAAGAAACUGCUGCACUACAUCUACACGGACCAGCUGACCGGUUUGGACGCGGUGGCCCCCGAUUUGUACGCGGCGGCCGAUAAAUACGCCAUAUCGUCGUUGAAAGAUCGGUGCCGGCAGCACAUCCUACAAAUGCUCAGCUGGAAAACGGGUGCGGAAACGUUGAUGCUUGCCGACACGCACCAGGACCCGGAAAUGAAGAAGCAAGUGUUGCAGUUUUUCAGCGGCAGCGUUGCGGGCAAGGUGACCGAAUCGGCCGGAUGGAGGAAAAUGGCCAGAACUCACCCGUACUUGGUCGACGAAACCGUCAAAGCGCUGGCGGCAAAAGUGCGGGUCUGUGAGCAAUAAUGGUUUAAUUUGAACGCAUUCGAUAUAAAUAUAUUACUCAGAAAUAUAUCCCAAACAAGUUCAAGUUCGGUUAGUACGUCAUUUUUAGUUUUGUUGGAUUCUUUUAAUUAUGAUCUGUUUUCUAAUAAAUAACUUCGAUUAUUGAUCAUAUUGUUGAUUUUAA